AUGGCGGUUUUCUCUCCUCACAUUAAGCAAGAGAGCCACGAGUAUCCGCAUGGAGGAGUUGUCUGUCCGGUGUUCUCAUCAUUGAGAAGGGACCAGACACAAUAUGAUGCGUACAGCCUGUGGUCUAGCCCCCGGCUCCCCGGAGGUCGUGGUUCCCCCGCUAUCAUCUGUGCAGCAGCUCUCGCAUCAAUCCUUGCUGUAUUCUUCCUCGUAUCCUACUGCUCUAUGCUCCAAAAAAAGCAGAGGCUACGGAUGUCUGCAGGAAGAAAUCUUGCAGAAGACAAUGGGACAACGGGUACGCACACAACGGAACACGAUGCCCGGCCAAUAUGUGAAGCGACAGAAUACCAGCCUGCAUCAACGCAACAAGCUCCUGAAAUGUCUCUCAAGCUGCCUAUUGCAGAUGCCAAUGAUGAAAGUGCAGGCACUAGUUCAUCGAAGCGGAAAAUGGAACAUGACUCCGAAAAGCAUGAUGGGUUCUUACUGCAACCGAAGAGGGCAAAGGGACAAGUGAAGCUUCCAGGAGAAUCAGCUGUGAAUCCUGUCUUAGACAGCACGCUAAGUCAGUUGAUUGACGAGACGCUGGCAGCAGGAGACUCAGCGUUGUCACUAGAGGGGUGGCUUUUUGAUGCCAACGACGACUUCGAAGAGUUCCCGAACGUGGCUUCUGAUGAGCCACAUCAAGCAGGCGGGCAUUUAGAUUUCAUUAUGGAUUCCUCAGGGAAGGAAGCUGGCACUGUGUCAUCUAAACGACAGUUCCAAUCCGGUGUCGAAAGCUUAAUGUACAGGCCCAGUGCUGUGUCUCGUGGUUUCUUUGAGGGGGUUAGCACUCACCCCCAGCUGAGUCAGAAGGCACCGAUAACUGCAGACGGACUUGCAAGCACUCAAUUUUCAAGUGCGCCAGUGUUUCCGGAAGCAUCCCACGCCACGCCACUUGAGUUUCAGCCACCGUCAACACUAAGCGCAAUGUACGGAGGGUCGUCGUCUGAGCAUUUACAGUUUUUUGGGCAGACGAGCACCGAACAGGGAUACGGACAGCCACCGUCAGAACAAGGCACAGACUAUGAAGGGUCUUCAUCUCAGCAUUUACAUUUUGUUGGACCCGUGGUCGCCGGAGGGGGAUAUGAGCAGCGACCUUUAGAGCAAGCCGCAGCCUACGGAGGCACUCCAUCUCAGUAUUUCUCCUCAAGUGGGGACGUGACGGGGCGAUAUGAGCAGCGACCGUUAGAGCAAGCCGCAGCCUACGGAGGCACUCCAUCUCAGUAUUUCUCCUCAAGUGGGGAGGUGACGGGGCCAUAUGAGCAGCGACCGUUAGAGCAAGCCGCAGCCUACGGAGGCACUCCAUAUCAGCAUUUCUCCUUAAGUGGGGACGUGACGGGGCAGCAGGGAUACGAGCAGCAAGCCACACUUCCCGGAGAGACUUCAUCUCAAGUUUUUCCUCCAAAUGGGCAGGUGACGGCGCAAGAGGGGUACGAACAGCAACAGUUAGCACAACCCGGAGUCAGCAAUAUGUCUUCACAAUAUCAUUUGCCUUUUGUGGGACAGACACAGCAAAGUUCUUCCCUUGCUGAGCAACAUUUGCCCUUCGCGAGGGAUAUUGAGACACACCCCUUCGUCAGACUGCCGCGUGUCGCACCCGGUGCUGUUGUGAGAGGAAUGAAGUGGGAAAACAUCAAGCCACCACCCGGUUCUUCUCGCAAUGCGUACCACAUACUACGCUGCAUCAGGAGAAUCCUGAAGCUGCCAAUUCUUGGAAGUACCGAGUUAUUGGACCUAGUGAUAAGCGUUGAGCGACUCGUUAGCCACGCACUGUACUGUAUGGAUGCAGACACUACCCAUUUGAAACCGAAGCUGGUUGCCAGGAAGUUAGCAUUUGGAUUUAUGUUGUUGGAUUCGCUUUAUUCCGCGAGUGAGGUACUGGGGCGAAAGGCAAGGCGUAACGAAUGGUGGCCGGCGGUUCUCAAUGCUAUUCCAUUUUUUGUUGGCCCUUUUCGGAAUGUGCCGAAAGACACAGCAGAGUCUUCCAAUAUUAACUUGGCGCUACUACUUGACCAAAGCAUAGACUUUUACAGGCGCGGCAUCAGAGCUGCAACCAAAACCGCGGUUGUGGUUCAACGAUAUGCAAUGGGUACCAUGCACAACGUGCAUACUGGCAAAUGUAGAGCACACGUGCUAUUGCGUGCUUUUUUCACAAUGUUUGUGCCGACAAGUUGGCUGUUUUAUCAAUCAGUUGUCUACUGUUGCGCCUUGGCUCUAUUGAGUUCAAACGCCAGGGGCAACAUCAAACGAAAGAGCUUCGGAUGCUCUUCGGAUCUUUCGACUGGUGCAGCAGACACCUUAGGAUACAUAAAUUCAUUUCUCAGCGAGCAAACGCGAACAUUUCCCAAAGACAUUAUGCGUCAGCGCUUAUUCAGGACUAUUGUUGAGUGA